AUCACUUACUCGCUCGCAGUAGCCUCUGUUGGAUUUCUGUGAACACCACGCAAGAUCAAGAUGAAAGUUCUGGCAGCUAUCUGCGUGUUCGCCGUCGGCGUGAGCGCACAGGUUGGGCCUUCGGGCAUCGUCAGCCCCGAUGGGGUAAAUACCCAGUUCUCCCACGACUUCGCCAAUGACAUCGUACUGGUUGGACCCGCUGGCAUCGUCACGAAGUCUGGCGCCAACCGCCAGCUUACCCACGGAGAGGCCACCCUUCACGUUGCUGCACCAGCUGCUCCCCUUCCCGUGGCUCAGAUGGUGUCCCAGCGUGGCGUGAUUGGGCACUCUGGCAUCGUUCGCCCUGAUGGUAACAACAUCCAGUUCACCCACGCCCAGGCUGGCAACAUCGUGCUGGUUGGCCCAUCUGGCAUCGUGACCAAGGACGGCUCCAACAUCCAGCUGACCGACGACCUCCACUUCGUCCAGAAGCGCGAUCUCUCCGGCCAUCUGGUGGGAGCCUCAGGAAUCAUCACCAAGAGCGGCCAGUUGAUCCAGCUGGAAGCUGGUGUCACGAUUGUCCAGGCUGGUCCCUCCGGUAUCAUUCUCUCUAACGGCAAGAACAUCCAAUUCACCCAGUAAUUAAAAUAAAAUCAGGAAUGUAAAUGUAUAUGUAUGAUGACUUUGUCCAAUAAAAUUUUAUAUGAUUUUU